GGAGCACUCCCUUCCUGGAAUAUGCUACUAGCUGGACAGGAUGCGUUCGCAAAUAUAAUCAUCCACAAAUCUCCCCCAGAUUAGGUUACAGGACAGCGUUUCGACGGCACGCAUUACAAAGCUCCCUGGAAGGCUUGGCUGGUGGAUCUGCUGCUCUCUCUGCUCAUGACCCAUUUUGGCUUUCAUCAAGAAUCAUGACACCAGCUGCCUGGGUCAUCUAGAAGGCAGAGAGGGGGAGAGUAACCCUGGGCUGUAAAGGGAAGUGGGGAAGGAGAAGAGAAGGAGGAGAAGGAGAAGGAGGAGGAGGAAGCGGGAGGAUAGAAAGACAGAGCAGGGGGAGAGAGAGUAAGUGAGUUGCUUUACUCCAGUUGUGAAGAUUUGAAUCCCAGUUCCGUGUUCUCGGCAAAGGCUUGCUGGGAUACCUCAUUCCCUGUCCUGUGCAAAGGUCUGUGAUUGGGGAUGUGGUGUGCUCAGCGGGAAGGGCCCCUCCCCUGGGCUGGAUCCGCCUCUCUUAUCCCCCAGAUAAAUUACUAGUGUCCUCACUAAAUUCCUCGGCUUUCUCUUUCCCUCUCUCUCUCCCUCUCUCACACAAUCUCACUCCCUCCCUCAAACACAGGCAAAGCGAGGUUGGGGGGCGGGAGGGCGGGGAUCCUCUCUGGACUGGUAUUGUGCCUUAGGUCCUGGGCGGGGAGGGAAGGGGAGGAAAAUACUGGCACCCCUUCUCUCCUACGUCGCCUUGAAAUAGAUUUGAGGAGCUGCCCUUCUUCCCCCCUCCCCCCUUUCCUGCUGCUCGUUUGGCAUCAUCCAGACCAUGUCCACUGGGUCCCUCAGUGAUGUGGAAGAUCUGCAGGAGGUGGAGAUGCUGGAGUGCGAUGGCCUGAAAAUGGAUACUAACAAAGAGUUUGGGGCGUCCACCGAGAGCAACGAGGAGGGAUCCAAUGGCGAGAAUGGCUCCCCUCAGAAGGGGAGAGGGGCCUCGGGCAAGAGGAAAAAAGCUCCCCCCAAGAAGAGCCCUUUAAAUGGAGUGAGCCAGGAGGGAAAGCAGGUACAGAGAAAUGCUGCCAACGCCAGGGAGAGGGCGAGGAUGAGGGUCCUUAGCAAAGCCUUCUCCAGGCUUAAGACCACCCUACCCUGGGUGCCCCCAGACACCAAACUUUCCAAACUGGACACCUUGAGGUUGGCCUCCAGCUACAUUGCUCACCUGAGGCAGAUCCUGGCCAAUGACAAGUAUGAGAACGGCUACAUCCACCCAGUCAACUUGACUUGGCCUUUUAUGGUAGCCGGCAAACCCGAGAGUGACCUGAAAGAAGUGGUGAACACAAACCGCUUGUGCGGCCCGACGGCAUCCUGAGCCCCGCGGCCGGGCCAGCAGCGUCCUUCCCGGCGCGGCCGUGCAGCGGGCGGCGGGGCGGGCAGGGACCCACCGCGGCCCCGCCGCUGCCCCGGGCCCCGGGCAGAGCCACGGGGAGAGCCGCUCUGCCGGCGCAGAGGAGAACAAAUGUGCCCUAGCAAAGACUCCAUCCACCCCGAGAGAUCCUGACUCUAUUUAACUUUAUUAAAUGCGUGUACAGUCGAGUGUCCUGCAACCACAGCCUUGCUGGUUCAAGAGCUACUAGAAAAAAGGCAGAGAUCAAACAAAACCUACCCUGCGUGUAUCUUUUGUCUGAGACCUGUGAAAUAUGUAGAUGCCUAGAAAAACUGACUUUGACAGUCAUCUCUAUGAAGUAAUUCACCCUAAAGAUAUAUAGAUAUAUUUUCUUCAAGCAGAUUCUGCUCUAUUUCUGUGAAUAAACCUUCCUUUCUACUGAGCACGGAGCGGUGUUAAGUGUUCGUUUGAGACUCGGGCUCGGCGGGGGAAGGACUGAGCCUCCGCCGGCUCCGCCGCCCCACGAAGCGGCCGUGCUGCGGGGAUUCCUCCUCUUCGCCCCGGGCCACAGGAGGUCUGCUUUCCCGGAGCUAAAGACCUGGAGCAAACCCCUGGGGGAGGGGGUGGCUGGGUCCGCAGCUCGCCGCGGGAGCCCGGCCCGGCUCCGCAGCCCGGCGCCCGGGCGCUGCGGGAGCCGCCCCCGCCGCUCUGCUCCGCGGGGACAGGAGCAGUGAUCUAUUGAUGAAGUACAGUCGGUCCUCAGCGCCGGGAAUUUUUAACUUAAACAUCUCCUCUCUAUCGAUCAGCGAGUCCGUGGGAGAUGAGGCUGAGAUAAACAGGAGUGCGGGGCGCUCCCCCUGCACCGGCAGCGGCCACCGGCAGCUGAUGCGCCAGAUCCCACCGCGCUGUUUAAUGUUUCAGGGUUAUGACCGCACUGUUUACAAGAUGUCUUCGGUUAUUUAUACUGUUAUUAUUAGCAGAGGGGCUUUAAAUUUCCGCCUCACUUGCUCUUUCAAUACCGUCCCUCGGUUCCGUUUGAUACCUGGGUACUUUCUUGCCGAAAGCAGGAGAGGGGCAGCAGGGGCUGCAGGGCCGUCCUCCGGACCAAGCCCUCCGUCCCCGUUAGUUACUGGGACCGGCGGCAGGGCCCGGGGCGCGGUCAGAGGCAGCGCGGGGGCCACCGACCCUCCCGGGAGCUCCCUCCCCCGGGUAUCCCUCACAGGCCGGUGUUGAACUGCUCCGGGCAUCCGUGCAGCCUGGAUUGUGUUAAUUCUCAUCCCUCACUUUCCCCCGAGAUAACUGGACGAGGUGGCGCGUCCUCCAGGUGACCCAAAUUCACCGGUCGGGUUCAUGCGUGGGCUAGGUUAGGUUUAAUUAAAGCAGCUCGCUGUGAACUGAGAGCUGUGCAAACAUCUCGGCCCUCAUUAUGAAAAGGGCCAGGACCUGCUGUAUCAUCCUAAUGGUUGUGAAGUGGAGAGCUGUUUAAUUUCACUUUUGCUCAGCUUUAUCUCCAUGCCACACAAUUAAGAGCAGACAUCUGUGCCUGGCCUAACCAUGUGCAAUUUCACUGUUGUGGACAGGACUGCACCAGGUGAGACACGCACUUAUACGCAGGGGCUUGACUUUGCGGCCACACACAGACCCUGAGCAGCCGCAGCUUUUGCUGAAGAGACGAGCGGCUCUGGUAACCACAGCUGAACAGGCUGAUUUGCUGAUUUCUUUGGCACGGGGUAUUCAGUGGGAAUUGCUGGUCCGUAAAGGGAGACAGAAUAGAGGCCCCCGGCCUUAAGCUGAGUGCAGGUGACUGAUACAGCAAAUGCACAUUUUAAUCUCUAAAUUUACUCACUGAAUUGAAACUAGCCAUUGGAUUUAAGCACUCAAAAUCUCAACUUAAAUCCAUACUAAAUAACAUCUGGUCAAGACAAUAAUGACUGGUCAAGACAGCAAGAUGUUGAUUUCCUUCUAGAAAGCAGAAAUUGAUACGCAUCUGAGAUAUGCAUAAAUUUGAGUUAAAUUCUAUUAGAAUAUUCUAACACAUGCUUCUUUGCCACCCGGUCUUACAAUUCUUGCUAACUGCACUCUGCAUCCUCCCACCUAAUUAACCAUAUGCAGUGUUCAUUCGUCACCUGAAAUACAACAUUGAAGAAAGGGAAGGGAGGAAUACAAUGGUACCUUGUGAAAUGUGAGGAACACAACUAUAACCAUGUGCCAAAAGCUGCUGGAACAGUUGAAGAUGCUUACUGUGAACACACCGGCCGUAGACACCAUUGCUUCUUGUACUGCUGUUUGCUUUAUCUAGCAGUCUACGUUGCAAGUCUCUUGGGGACUAAACUAUUCCUCGAGCAUUCUGCACCUUCCUCAGUCUUUGCCUCUGAGCAACAGUUCAGCAACAAAGAAACAAAAAGCAACAAGAAAUAAACAAAAGCAACCAGCAGUACACAGAAAGGUAAAUAAUUACUUCACACUGAUUGUAAAACUAUUAGUGGUUUUAUCUCAAUUUUGAAGACAAUGAACAUAUUUUCCAGAGGCAUUUAUGUGGCUGGGAACUCCUGGUCCACUGACGUCUUGUGUUAAGGGCACAGACCAGACAGUAAUGGCACAGUGCUGGCAGCUGGCUUCAACAGCCCAAGUUUCUUAGAUGAAUUAAGAGUUCUACUACGCACUUCAGGAGAACAAUGAAUGAAAUUAUUCUACCCUGCUGCUGAGUGCAAUUUUACCACAAAAUAUUUGCAAAUAGAAAAUGUAUGUUUAGUCUGACUGAAGCAAUUUAUACUUUUGAAAGGAACUCGCAAAUGUGCUAAGGAAAAGAGGGAACAGGUUUAAAUAUUGAUGUCAAUGACUUUAAAGAAAAUAUUUUGUUUGCUUUCUUGCUUUUCUGUACAAAGUGAUGCAUUUUAAUAUUUACCAAAAUAUACUUAUACCCCUUUUUCAUGUGUAAAAAAAGUUGACUUGGUUUAUCUUUCUGUAUCUACAUGGAUGUAGAUGCAGCUGUGUGAGUGUCUGUAUACAUUCCCUCCUAGUAAUGUUUGAACUCAUUGCCUGAUUUCAGCUAGAUUUGACAGAGGUCUCAAAGAUAAGUAAGUUACUAUAAUUUUUAAUAUUUUUGUGUGCGUGUGUGAAAACAGGCAGCUGAGUAAAGAAAAAGUCUAUAAAUUUUGCAACUGAAGGGUUUCAACAUGAGUUCAGCCUUUAUUGGAUACGAGAGCAUAUAGAGCAGUGUGUCAGCUGUAGAUGAAACUCCAAAUGCUGCUUCAGUCACAGGAUACAAGUUCAUAGAAAACUUGCUUAUGGACCUACAUGUUUUAAGAUAAGAACUCUAUAAAAGUAGUUUAGUUCCAUUUGAUUUUGAUACUACUAUUUUUUUUUGUUUCUUUGUUUCUUUGUAAAGAAACUAGUUUCAACACAGCUACUUCAUGACCACUUUCCAAUUCAGCUAGAGACUAGCAAAUCCUUUAUUUGCAGCGCUGACUCAGUGCUUAGGCUCCUGGGUUUGCUGCUGACAUUGUGCUCCUUCACAGAAGUUUUCGCAGUCUGUAAGGUCUUACACAAAAUACCUUUUAGGCUUAUCUUAUCCUCUCACUGGGAUGGAAAUCUGCCAGCCUGGAGCAUUGGCAUAGCAAGAAACCCACUUUGCAGACACCUGCAAAAUGCCACGCUGUUCUGGGCGCUGACUGGGGCAGCGAGGCAACAGUGUUGGUCGUGCCCUCAAACUUCAAGGUGCAUAAGGAGAACAUGUGCAAGAUAGCUUAUUCUUUGAAGUGCCUCUGAGGUCAAAAUUCCCAGCUCACCUGAGAAAAUAAAAGACACAGAAAAUCUGUGGGGUUUCUUCUGUAGGGAAGCUGUUUAGAAUCCUGGACAUAAUGAUAAGAUCACAAGCACAGUUUUGCUUGAUGUAUUUGUAUUUGUAACCCCUCAGUUGUGUCUGCC